GGGUCAAUGGGUCGUUCAGUGGGUCGUUUAGUGGGUUGUUCAGUAGGUGAUAAAAGUGGGCCUGUCAUUUUGUCAUUCAGUGGGCAAAAGGGGGUGGGGUACCAUACAGCUACAAGGACAUAAAUGUAGCCAACUAGUGAUAUGCUAUUGCCACUCUGUUUCUGCAGGACACUGAGAGAGAGAAAGACGACAACAGAAGACAACGGUUCAAUUUUAAUUGCAAACAAGAUGGAGAGAAACGUUGUCUACUGCCUGCUUUGUAAAAAGCCCCAACAGUCCAUUCGCACACACCUGAGCAGAGUGUGCCUGAAAGACUGCACACCACAGGAAUGUGAGGAAGAAGCUUCCAGAGCCAUUGCUUCACAGAAGCUCUUUUCUAAUGAAGGUAGAGUCUGGAACUUCUCAGAGCUCCAGGAGUACUGCAAGGAUGAAGAAUCUUGCAUUAAACUCUGCACUCGCCUUCAAACACGUGGAUUUAUCAUCACGAACAGUCCCCAAGCGUUUUCGACAGUUGUGCCAACAGCGAGGUCUGAUAAGAAGGAAAUUCUUGCUGUGGCCAAGAAGGAUAUUGAAUAUUUCCACGCAAGACUUUCAGGCGGUGAUUGCAUCCCCACAUAUGCAAUGACUACCUUCAGACAGUACUGCGAGGCCAUCCUGAUUUUACAACAUGGACUGACAGCAAAUGCUGUUCAAGAACUUUGUGUAGAGGACUGGAUGGCGCGGAAAGCAGUAGCUGAUGGUGUUGAGCUGAGUGGUAACUUGAAGAUAACCAGCCAGGAAGAACAAUUGUUGGACUGCUAUUUUAGGAACAUCCGUCCAGUGGCCUUGGAAAAUCAAAUUGCUGGAAGCGAUGACAGGGGCAAGUUCUUCCUGGGAGAAUGUGGGGUCCCACUGUCCAACCCAUCAUUAGAUGUAAAACGCCUGAGAGCGAGAUACCUGAGCACUGAACCUGGGGAUGCUAUGGCUGAGUCAGCAUCAAGCUCAGUAGGAGGACUACCAACACCAGGACCGGCCAGCACAUCAUCUACGCAUCUGCCACUCCAAGAAUGGGAUGCCUUCCUCCAGGCCUUCCCGGUCACCCUGAAUGGAGAGCCACCAUCCAAACGGCAGUGUGUACAGGCUGGCUUUCCACAGCACAGACACCACUACAAGAAAUGGAGGGAUAUUCAGCUGAAGAAAAGAGUUGGGUACAUUCUCGGUCAGUCAGUUGGCAGAAGAGGAAACCCACCUCAGCCGGCACGUGUGCAGAUGGCUUUGGACAAGGAGAAAUGGCACACCAACAAGCCCACUGUCAAUGCCAUCUUGCAGGCCUGGGUGGUUCCGCAGCCCAGUAUACAAGACAACCAGUCCCUCAUGUCUUCGAUUGCAGAGCAGAAGUGGAAGGGCCUGGCUUUGCAAGACUUCGGGGAACGGAAGGGCAAAGGUGUGAUCGCACUUAUGCCUUUCCACAAAGGGGAUAUAGUGUGUGAUUACCACGGGACGUACAUCACUGAAGCAGAAGGGAAACGGAGGCCCCAGUCGGGGUAUCUGUUCUUCUUCAGGGACGAGUGUGACCGAGGGAUGUGCAUCGAUGCCACUGCAUUCCCCUGUGCCUGUCAUCCCGACAUUGACACCUAUGGGAGGCGAAUGAACCAUUCCCGAAAAAAUCCAAACAUCAAGCCUCAGAAGUUUACAAUGAACUUCCCUGCAGGACCUCAGGAGACAAUACUUUUCAUUGCCCUGAAGGACAUCGCAGUUGGUGAGGAGGUGUUAUGGGAUUACGGAGUGACUCGGAAAUCUUAUGGUGGUGAAGGGGAAGACUUGGAGUGGCUGGACAGCUGACUUUCAUUUUAUCUGUUCUUUUCCUCUUCUCUUUGCAUGGGCUUUUUUAUGCAGUGAUUUUAUUCUUAAAAAACACAGCUGUUUUUACAUUGUCUUGCCUGUAAUUUAAAUGUGGUUUGAGGGUUUUUUGUUUUGUUUUAAUUUACGUAUUGAAAUAAAGUGUCAUGUUUCCAAAUUUCACUCUGCUUCAUAUUGUAUUAUUUACGUUCACUGUUUCGUGUUUUACUGUGAAAAUCUUGUGUUUCCAUGUUCAGGUGUCUGGUUUUGCUUCCACUGUGGCUCCAUUUUAAUUUCUCAUUUGUGUUCCCCGCAUCUUGACGCCUCCUGAAGAGCAUGAGGAUUAACAUAGCCAAGGCAAUUAUGAAACACAUCACGUUUACAGA